AUGCCACGCAAAGACAAGUAUGAAAGCAACAGUGCAAAUCGUCGGACGCAUACCUACAUGUCUCCAGAAGACCAGGUUAGUGGCAAGAAGUCUUACUGGACAGAGCUGGAGAUAACAGGGACUAUACGAAAUUUGAGUCCAAACAUUUUUCAAAUGAGCCAUCUGACAGCUCUGUACAUAAAAAAUAAUCAGCUUCACAGACUACCACCAGAGAUAUGCCAAUUAGUGAAUUUGAGAAACUUGGAUUUGAGUAAUAAUAAACUUAGGUCCCUGCCAGCUGAACUGGGUGACCUCAUUCAUUUGAGAGAGUUGAAUUUGGCGAACAACUCUUUGAGAAUUCUUCCUUAUGAACUGGGCAAGCUGUUCAAUCUGAUGAUGCUGACCCUAAAUGGUAAUCCCUUGAACAAAGACAUCAUGACCAUCUACUCUGAACCUAAUGGUACAACCAAGCUGCUCACUUUCAUGUUGGAUAAUUUGCAAGCUUUAGAUCUGAGGGAGGAGAAAACAUUUUUUUCAAUUUUCACAACUAAAUCACAAAAAAUUGUGGAAAAAGUGGUUUAA